AUGGGAGAGAAUCUAAGCACAGAAAUGAAAGAGAAGCAUGACAUGCAUAUGGGUUCAGAUGAAAAUAUAAUACCAACUAAAAUCGUCGAUGUUUCAGAGGCUACGGAUGAUUCAAUAUGGAUAAAAAACUAUAUAAUUGAAGAAGAUUUAUACAAUACGGUAUAUGCCUCAUGUAAAAUACCAAAGAAUAAGAUGACUCUAGUAAUAGGAACAAAAACUCAAUAUGAUUCAAUAAUUAAAUUAUUACUAGCAAUAGGAGGGUAUUACAGGGAAAAGGUAGUAACACAGGGAGAUAUUCUAAUAAAAGAUGAGAAGGGGAAUUACACCACUAGAAACCCAGAGAAGUGGUUAAAAAAGGUCAAUUGCACAUUGAUUGAAGAUCCUAAGUUGUAUAAUACAUUUACUGUGAAAGAAAUAAUUACACACAUAGCUGAACUAAAGGGCAAGAAAAAGGAGGUAGCCAAUAUAUUAAGUCUUCUUGACCUGGAAAAAUGCAAGAACCAGUGUAUGCACAGCUUUAAUCAAUAUCAAGAAAAAAUGCUUAAAAAAGUAAUGCUUGCUAUAGGACUUCUUCUGCAGAAUGAGAUCAACAUAUGGGAAGUGUUUGACAUGGAAAAUUUAGAUCAGGUAAUUGAUUUAAUACAAAAGAACAAUGAAACAAAUAUAAUAACUACUGAAUAUCCAGUGCCGAAUCUUCUUAUAGACAAGGUAGACUGGAUAGUAUUCAUGCAUGGCUCAACUGUAGUAUAUUCAGGAACGAGAGAUCACCUUCUUUCAUAUUUUAGAAUGUCUGGGGUGCUUCGUACUAAAGACUGUUCUCUACACACAUUUUUUUCCACUGAACCAACAGAGAGGUAUAAAACAAAUAGCGCUACUAUGAGUAUAAAAAAUCUUUAUAAAUUAGCCAACGCGCGUAUUAAGGCCUUUCCAGUGGAAUCCAAGAAAAAAAUGUCAAAUGUUUGGUUUGUCAAGAUGGGGAAACCAAAUCUUUGGAUUGUUAAACAGCUUAUGGCAAGGGCCAUGCGCACGUAUGGACCAAUAUUUGGAUUUUGGAUUUACAUUGAGAUAAUGAUGUGUGUAAUAGCCCUUACUUGUAUUGUAGGAAUUAUGUACUUUUUUGGUGCGUAUGAUGGAAGGGCUUUAGGCAUUGCAAAUGUUGUUGAUAAUGGCUCCUUUGAGACAAUUAUUGAUCUACUGCAAACAGUAAAUCAAAUAAGUAACUUUUUUGGGAUAAAGCAGUAUGUAAAUCAGAUAAUAAGAUUUCCAUACACUAUCCAUGGGUUAAAUCUUUUUGCGCAGUCUAUCACUAUGUAUAGGUUCUUAUAUACACUUGCAGCGGCGUUUCUUGUAAAGUACUCUUUAAAAAGCUCAUAUGUAGAGGCAUGUUUAUUUGAUAUUAAAAUGGGCUUAUACAGUCCAUGGAAUCUUAUUAUUACUAUUAUGAUAGAGUUUUUUAUUAGAAAUACGGUUAUUCAUUUUAUAUUUCAAAUAAUCACCUAUUUUAUUGUAAAUAGAAGUAUUUUGCAGAAUCUAGCUCCUAAAAAUUUGAUUAAUUAUUCAACAACGGAUUAUUUGAUUGCUGCUUUUUGCAGUAAUUUUGUGUUUGGACUGUACAUCCAAAUAUUCGGUCUGCUUUCACAUAGUAAUGCUGUUUUAAAUAGACAUGUGUUUUUUGGUACAACUGUCUCUUACUUGUCAAUAGGAAUAGAAAAAAUCAUGGUGGCAAGAAAUAAUAAUCGAAAUUCAUACCAAAUGUUCCAAAGUUCAACAAGAACAUUUACUAUUCCUCUUUUUGAUAGAACAUACAGUGAAAUCAAGCGGCAAACAAAUAUGCCGCCUGUUGUAUCUAGAUGUCCUGUAUUGAGUAGAUCAUUUUGGCAUAUAGAUAGUGGAACUGCUUCUUGCGAUUAUCCUCUAUACAAAUUUAUAGUGAGUAAUAUAUAUAAGUAUAUAUACAAAUGUGGGGUUCCAGCAGUGUUUGACGAGAUUUUUUACAAAUGCUCUGUGUAUCGAGGAUAUUUUAACUCACCUGGCCCCAUACCAGAUUAUUCUGCACUAUAUGAUGCAAUUCAAACAACAGACAACCCAGAAAUAGCAAAGAGUGCCUUGCAGAGGAUAUAUAUGAUACUAACGUAUUUGCCACCGCAUGAAAUAAUGAACGAAAAUACACCGAUAGGUAAUAUAACCAUGGCAGAUAUUCUAUUAACUAGCGCCAAAUACACUAUUCUACCCACUAUACUUCUUUUACUAACUCUUCAACUAAUGUAUAGGAAACUGCAGCCAGGCAUAAGAAAGUAGGUAGCUGAUUUCUACCUUGCCUAGUUUUAUUAUCUCAGGUGCUACAUAUUAUACUUCUUGUACCUAGCACUAAAUUCUAUACAUCAUUUGUUUAUGUUAAUUUCAAUAGCUUAAGCUUAUCUUAGGCAUUCUCACCAUAUAUAUUCUGCCUAUAGAUAGAAGGAUAUACUUAUAGUUGGUUUCACAGGUUAACCUAUGAGAGAAAGUUGGG